AUGCUGCCACCUCAACACGACUUGGAGUCUGCUUCCUCGUCUCGUACCGCGACGCUUGUGGCGCUUGACGGCGCCUCGAUGGACGAUGUCUCUCAGGGCACGCGGAAUCCGACCGACGAUGGUUCGCACUUUCUGAGCCAGUCCUCGGCAUCAGCGCCUACCACAGCAUCCCACGUCUCAAUUCAUUCAACAGCCCAAGGCGAAGAAGACCUGAACGCGUCCAAGACUCGACCACGCCCCUCUACCGCUGCAACGAGUGUCGGUCAGGGGCCUCCCGGGAGUGACGCCCAAUUCUACGAGGGGCACGGCACGGUCGCCUCGCCUUACAUCGUCGACUACGGGGUCGACGACCCUGAGAACCCACUCGAAUGGACCACGCUCAAGCGAUGGUACAUCACAGGCGUCGUCGUAAGUCUUUGGUCCCUCUGUUGUCCUGCACCCCUUUCGUCGCCAAAUGGCGUUGGCCCCCGCCGGAUCUCCGUUCGGACGCGUCGAAGUUGCUUUCGGCGACGAGGAGCGGGGCCGGGUAUUGGCUUGCCGGGUUGGUAAGGCCGGCGAGACCCCGAUGGGGAGCAGUGGCAACACGCGAAUCUCUUGCCUAUCACAAUUUGGCUGACUUCUUUGGAUUUGUGCAUGGCAAUGAUGGGGCACACCAGUCGAUGGGAACACUUGUUGUUGCGUUUGGGUCGAGCGUAUACGCGGGCGCUAUUCCGCAGAUGAUCGUGUACUUUGACAAGACACAAACCUUGUUGACGCUCGGGUUGACUUUUUGUAAGUGAAACGGCGUGUUCCGAUUCAUCCUUCGCUUGCUUCAAUUCAGUGACUGAAGUUUACGGUCAAUAUCUUGUGACCCUCUCAGAUGUUCUUGGCUUUGCGUAAGUCCCCAAGUUGUCGAGUUGGGGGGAACAAGUGGGGGGCGGCUGGCUUGCAGGGAGCCAGGAGCUCGCGCGCCGCCGGCUCCGUCCCUGCCCAACCCCGGCAUCUUGCUUAGCGAUGUUGGCUCGGAGAAAAUACAGGAGCUGAAGAAACAUUUUUUUUCUCCCUGUUCAGUAUGGGCCCCUUGCUCUGGGCCCCCUUCAGCGAGCUGUACGGACGGCGUAUCGUCCUUUUGCCGACCUACACCCUGUUCACCGUCUUCCACAUCGGAUGCGCGCUAGCGCAGAACUAUGAGACGUUGAUGGUCAUGCGAUUCCUCACUGGCUUCUUUGGCUCGAGCCCUCUCACGAACGCCGGCGGUGUGGUCAGUGACAUCUGGGACAGCAAGACGCGCGCGCUUGCUUUGGCGUGGUACAGCUUGGCCCCUUUCGCGGGUCCAGUGCUCGGCCCAAUUUGCGGCGGUUUUCUCGGCAUCAACGAGGACUGGCGGAUCGUCUUUUGGCUCUGCUUUGCCUUCUCUGCAGUACUCCUCGGAUUCAGCUGCACAGUGCCCGAGACGUACACCCCGGUGCUGUUGCGUCGCCGGGCCGCACGCUUGUCCAAGGAAACGGGCGAUCACUACAUCUCGAGGCACGACCUCAACAUCAAGGCGGACGAAACGUUGGCACACAAGCUCCGAAUCAACGUGUCGAGGCCGUUCAUUUUUCUCGUUUAUGAACCGAUUGUGCUCGCGAUGGCGAUUUACGCUGCCAUCAUCUACGCGACGCUCUACUUGAUGUUUCCCGCGUUCCCCAUCGUCUUUGUCGAGAAACGGGGCUGGAAUCUUGGAGAGGCGGGUCUGCCCUUCAUCGGUGUCGGGCUAGGUAUGCUGCUCGGGAUCCUCUUCAACAUCGUCUACAUCAACCCGAAAUACAUCCGCGACAUCGACGCGGCUGGCGGCCACUUGCCGCCAGAAGCCCGUCUUCCCGCGUGCUGUCUGGGCGGGGUGUCCCUUCCCAUCGGCUUGUUCUGGUUCGCAUGGACGGCGCAACCUUCGGUGCACUGGGUCGUGCCAUGCCUUGCUUCGAUACCGUUCGGCUUCGGCAUGGUCAUCGUGUUCCUCUCAAUGAUGUCGUAUCUCGUCGACUCCUAUCUAUGGUUAUGCGCGUCCGCUUUGGCGGCGAACGCGGUCCUGCGAAGCUGUCUCGGUGCGACGUUCCCGCUGUUUGUCAAGGGGAUGUUUGACAAGCUCGGCGUCAACUGGGCGCUGACGUUGGUCGCGUUCCUGUCGCUUAUACUCACGCCGAUUCCGUUCGUAUUCCUGCGGUACGGUGCCCGAAUCCGCGCGCACUCCAAGUACGCCCCGGAUCAUGAGCAUGCGAGUGGGUCCACGCCGGAGACGAUCGUUGAGGACGUUGCCGAGAUGGAACUGCAACAGAAGGAGAUGAAGGCGGUGGACGAGAGGGCCGCACACCCGGACGCCGCCGCUCGCAACGUCUGA